CCUUUUCCUUUCAUAUUCUCAUCCAUUUCGUUUCUCUUCUUCUUCUCACUUCAUUUUAUAAACUCACUCUGCAGUUAGCGACAAAACCCCAACCCGAUUCGGAUCCGAUUAGGUUCUCUCGGAUCCUCUCCACCGCCUCCUCCGAUUCCCAAAUCCACUCCCUCCUCCUGUCUUCGCUCGAGAUCCGAGCUAAGCACGGGAUUCGGAUUUCCGUUUCCAUCGCUCUCUCUUCACCAGUUUUGCGCUUAAAUGGCAUCAAGCGAGGGGUUUCUGACCGAUGGACAGAGAGAGAUUCUGAAAAUAGCGAGUCAGAAUGUGGAGAAUUUGUCUUCCUCGCCGAAAUCUCCAUCCUCCUUGCUUGCUGAACAUCAUCAUCACGUGAGGGCUCCUUCAGGGGGUGGUAAGGCACAGACUGCUGGGCAUGCUGCCAGGAAUGUGCGCCGGUCGCACUCCGGAAAGUAUGGGAGGGCGAAGAAGGACGGUGCUGGUGGUAAGGGCACUUGGGGGAAAUUGCUUGAUACAGAUGGUGAAUCCCGUAUAGACAAGAACGAUCCAAACUAUGAUAGCGGCGAGGAACCUUAUCAACUGGUGGGAUCUACUGUUACUGAUCCUUUAGAUGACUUCAAGAAAGCCGUAGUAUCCAUCAUAGAGGAAUAUUUCAGUAAUGGGGAUGUCGACUUGGCCGCAUCUGAUCUCAGAGAACUUGGAUCAAAUAAAUAUUAUCCAUACUUCAUUAAGCGUCUUGUAUCCAUGGCCAUGGAUAGGCAUGAUAAAGAGAAAGAGAUGGCUUCAGUUCUGCUUUCAGCAUUGUAUGCUGAUGUCAUCAGUCCUGCACAGAUUAGAGAUGGGUUUUUUAUGCUUAUUGAAUCUGCUGAUGAUCUUGCAGUGGACAUACUGGAUGCAGUUGACAUCCUUGCUUUAUUUCUGGCACGUGCUGUUGUGGAUGACAUCAUUCCUCCAGCCUUUCUUGCCAGGGCCAAGAAGGCUCUUCCAGAAUCUUCUAAGGGAGUUCAAGUAAUCCAGACUGCUGAAAAAAGUUAUCUCUCAGCUCCACACCAUGCAGAACUUGUGGAGAGGCGAUGGGGUGGUAGCACUCACAUCACUGUUGAAGAUGUGAAGAAGAGGAUUGCUGAUUUACUAAGAGAAUAUGUGGAUAGUGGUGACACAUUAGAAGCCUGUAGGUGCAUACGGGAAUUGGGGGUUUCAUUCUUUCAUCAUGAGGUCGUGAAGAGGGCCUUGGUACUUGCCAUGGAGAUCCAUUCGGCAGAACCUCAACUGUUGAAGCUAUUAAAAGAAGCAGCUGAAGAGGGACUUAUUAGUUCCAGCCAAAUGGUGAAAGGAUUUUCUCGUUUGGAAGAAGUCCUAGAUGAUCUUGCUCUUGAUAUUCCAUCAGCUAAAACUCAGUUUCAGUCAUUGGUGCCUAAGGCAAUAUCAGAAGGGUGGCUUGAUGCCUCAUUUUUGAAACCAUCUAGUGAAGAUGGGGAUAUAGUAGUUGAAGAUGAAAAGGUGAGGAAGUAUAAAAAAGAGGUUGUAACUAUAAUUCAUGAAUAUUUUCUUUCUGAUGACAUUCCUGAACUCAUUCGAAGUCUUGAAGAUCUUGGGGCACCUGAGUAUAACCCAAUAUUUUUGAAGAAGCUAAUAACUCUUGCCAUGGACAGAAAGAACAAGGAAAAGGAAAUGGCAUCAGUACUGCUAUCUGCUCUUCAUAUAGAGAUCUUCUCAACAGAGGAUAUAGUUAAUGGUUUUGUCAUGCUUCUGGAAAGUGCAGAAGAUACAGCACUAGAUAUAUUGGAUGCAUCAAAUGAGCUUGCUCUUUUCUUAGCACGAGCUGUGAUUGAUGAUGUAUUGGCUCCUCUGAAUUUAGAGGAAAUUAGCAGCAAGUUGCCUCCAAAAUGCAGUGGUAGUGAAACUGUACGGAUGGCUAGAUCACUUGUUGCUGCUCGUCAUGCUGGUGAGAGACUAUUGAGAUGUUGGGGUGGUGGGACUGGAUGGGCUGUUGAAGAUGCCAAGGACAAAAUCAUGAAGCUCUUGGAGGAGUACGAGAGUGGAGGUGUUGUGAGUGAAGCAUGCCAGUGUAUCCGUGACCUGGGAAUGCCUUUCUUCAACCACGAGGUUGUCAAGAAAGCUUUGGUUAUGGCCAUGGAGAAGAAGAAUGAUAGGAUGCUGGAUCUGCUGCAGGAAUGUUUCAGUGAAGGUCUAAUAACCAUCAAUCAGAUGACCAAAGGGUUCACCAGAAUCAAGGACGGUCUUGAUGAUCUCGCUCUGGACAUUCCAAACGCUAACGAGAAAUUCAGCUUCUAUUUGGAGCAUGCCCUGAAGAAGGGCUGGCUCCUACCAUCAUUUGAUUCCACUGCCACAGAUGUCUAACUGGCCCAGGCUGCAGCAGCUUCUUGAGGAGGACUAUAUUUUCAUUGUUUCUCUUAUAUAUGUUGUUGCACUUUAGCUUCCGCUGAAUGUGGAUAAAUCUGUGGGAUGGUUGGACUUCUCAUGAUCCUUUGAAUCUGUUUUUUCUUUUCUUUCAAAAUUAUGUCACCGACAGAUAUUCCUAUGAAUCUCAGUCGUUGUGUAAAUUUGGUCUUAUAUUUCGUUGACAGCUUUUUAGAAUGGUGUUGCGUCAAGAGGUAUGAGAGGAAUAUAGUGUAUUUUUCAGCCUUAAUACUCGUUUUUCAUUAUCUUGUA